CUCCGAGUUCAAAACGGCGAGGCCGUAAGGAAGUUUGGACCACUUCGGCACCACUCGCUCCAAUAUGGCUGCCCCCGGGGAGAGGCGAGGGCUGUUGUGAAAGUCUAAACCUUAAAUUCCUCCUCGCAUGGAUCGUAGCUCAGAGUUCGGGAGGUGGAAGGCGCAGUGUCUGAGCAAAGCGGACCUCAGCCGUAAGGGCAGUGUGGACGAGGAUGUGGCCGAGAUUGUACAGCUCCUGAAUGGGCAAGAACAGUUUUUUACCACCAGUUCCUGCUCAGGCCGUAUCAUCCUGCUAGACGGGAGUAUAAACGGCUUCGAGGUUCAGAAACAAAACUGUCGCUGGCUACUAGUGACACACAAACCUUGUAUAAAAGAUGAUGUGAUUGUAGCUCUGAAAAAUGCGAAUGGUGAUGCUGUUUUGAAGUUUGAACCCCUUGUUCUUCAUGUACAGUGUCAACAGUUGCAAGAUGCACAGAUUCUGCAUUCAGUGGCAAUAGAUUCUGGUUUCAGGAACUCUGGCAUAACAGUGGGAAAAAGAGGAAAGACUAUGUUGGCUGUUCGGAGCACACAUGGCUUAGAAGUGCCAUUAAGCCAUAAGGGAAAACUGAUGGUGACGGAGGAUUAUAUCGACUUCCUGUUAAAGAUAGCAAAUCAAAAAAUGGAGGAAAACAAGAAGAGAAUUGAAAGUUCUUUUCCAAGAAUACUUUUUGGUUUUACAACUGCCUACAACAUGCUUUGGAAAGACAAACUAUUAUUAAGUCCUAUCCCAAAGAGAAAGUCAAUGAGAAAACUAAUGCAUAUUCUCAUAAGAAAAAAAGAAACCGAGAAAAAGCAUGUGACAGAUGUGUUACUGAAGAAAAUGAUAAAGAACUUGAAAACGAUGACAGUCCAGGCCUCAGUGCUGCUGUCUUCCCGGAAGAUGACUAAGAUCUGAUUCUCACGUGUCUUUGAUAGAAUAAUGUUCCCAAUAAUUAUUUAUAAAGCUGCUCUUUAUAAGAGUAUUUUAGUUUGUUGAGUGUAUCAGACAUUCAGAAAAGCAAGACUUAAUUUUCUCCUGUGUUUUAGAGAUACUUGUCUUACAAAUAUACUUUUUUAAAAAUAGCUGUGUAUAAUGCUUAUUCAUUACCAUCUAUUAAAUCACAGAAAUUCAUUACAAAAAUAAAAUUCUGAUGUUUAAUGCA